UGUGUGUGUUGUGGGGGGCGCUCAGCCUGGUGUCCCCAGCUGCUCACUGCUCACCAGUGAGCUCCCACCAUAGGGGCCAUGGGGACUUCUGAGGGGGCCUUCGUAGUCAGGAGGAAAUGCUGUCCACCUAAUUUAAUAUGGUGUGUGGGCAUGGCGCCUGACAGGUGGGAAAGAUGCAGGUGAGAUAUGGAGCUAAUUCCUCUUCUUUUGCCCUAUGCGAGUGGCUUCUGAUGACAGUGGGAUUGUCACUAGAGAGUGUGGCCUCCUGUGGCUACCUGAUGACCUGCAUUUCCCGAGUAUCUCCCUGGCGGGCUUCCUUCCUCAUUGCUGUAGACCUCACACUUGUCCACAGGAGCUCAGAGUCCAGCUGAGCAUUAACUUUAUCUUCUGAGUUUAUGUUCAUCUAUUUAUUUUAAGGUAGCAAGAGCGUGUUAGGGUGCUGAUUGCUGAUAGCGGCCCCCAAAGUUCUCUUGUCUCAAUUCCUGGGAACCUGUCAAUGCCACCUUAUGUGGUGAAAGACACUUCAUGUAUGUGAUUAAGUGAAGGCUCUUGGAGUAUCCUCAAGUGUCCCAUGGGCUAGUACCUGACUUCCAAGAGAUGAGAAAGAAAAUGGACCCUCAAAUCAUCUCUCUAGAGAAGUUUAGUUUAUUAAAUCGAUAGUGAAAACCAUACAAGGGAAUGGCCUAUUGCCGGGAGUCUUAGAACAAAGAUUAUUUUUUAUAUGCUACCCACCAUUCCCUGCACUAGGACCUCACCUUUGUGGACCCACAGCCUCCUCGCUGAAUGUUCAAAUCUGUCUUGAUCUCUUUUUCCUCCUUCUUUCUUGCUUACCUGGAGCAUGGAUGUGAGACCAGAGGUGUGUGGGGCUCUCAAUGUCACUGUGUCCCCGGGGCCCGUGGUUAACUACCUGGAGGGUGAGAAUGCCACUCUGCUCUGCCACGUCUCCCAGAAGAGGCGGAAGGACAGCCUGCUGGCCGUGCGCUGGUUCUUCGCGCGCUCCGACGCCCCGGAGGCCCUGAUGGUGAAGAUGACCAAGCUCCGGGCGGUGCAGUACUAUGGCAACUUCAGCCGCAGCACCACCCGCCAGAGGCUGCGCCUGCUUGAGGAGAGGCAGGGGGUGCUCUACAGGCUCUCGGUCCUGACCCUCCGGCCAGCAGAUCAAGGGCAUUACGUCUGCAAAGUCCAGGAAAUCAGCAAGCACAGGAAUAAAUGGACAGCUUGGUCCAACGGCUCCUCGGCAACAGAAAUGAGAGUGAUUUCCCUCAAAGCUUCUGAAGAUUCAUCCUUUGAGAAAAAGAAAGAGACCUGGGCUUUUUUUGAAGAUCUCUAUGUGUACGCCGUCCUCGUGUGCUGCGUCGGGAUCCUCAGCGUCCUGCUCUUCACGCUGGUCAUCGUCUGCCAGUCCGUGUUUAGCAAGAGGAAGUCCAGAGUGAGACAUUAUUUGGUGAAAUGCCCUCAAAACAGCUCAGGGGAGACCGUCACCAGUGUGACCAGCUUGGCCCCACUGCAGCCCAAGAAGGGCAAGAGGCGGAAGGAGAAGGCUGACGUCCCUCCUGCCAUCCCUGCCAAAGCCCCUAUAGCUGCCACGUUCCAUAAACCCAAGCUGCUGAGACCACAGAGGAAAGUCACCUUGCCAAAGAUUGCAGAAGAGACUCUGACCUACGCUGAGCUGGAGCUGAUCAAGCCCCACCAGGUGGCCAAAGGCGUCCCCACCAGCACCGUCUACGCCCAGAUCCUCUUUGAGGAGAACAAGCUGUAACACACGUCCUCUUCUGUGGUUCUAUUUAAUACCUGCCACUCAGUUAUUUAUGAAACCUUGGAAACAAAGUCCCUAUUUUUGUAUUUUCACUCGUGCCUUUGGGGUGGUGGGAAGCCCCUAUCCAACUGCAUUCCAGGUGACUUUGAAGAGGUACGAGGCUGUUCUCCCCCAAAGAAAAGGGACCAUAGCCCUUGGACAAAUCUCCCAGGACAAGCUGUUCGUGGGCCUGAGCCCUGAGGCGUGAGGACUCUGAGUCUGAGAGCACCCAAGGAGAUUUUCUGCUGAGCCAGUCCCCUUCACAUUUUCCUCUUUUUUCUCUGGGUUUUAAUUUUUUAAAAUCUUUUUUAAAUCUUGAUUUUAAUCUCCUGCCCUUCCAGUAUCUGUGAUAUCAAGCUCAUAGUAUAUAGCCAGAGGGAAUGCCAUUAUAGGCCAAAGUGUAAGAUGGUACAUGUGCAGUAAUUGCUUUUCACAGGAUCAGACAACAUCGCUGGGGCACUGAGGGUGCAAUGGACUGUGGGUCACAAGCAGCCACUCGAUGGCAUCUUGUGUUUUAAGUAGAUGCUCUGACCCUGAUGAUUAAAUGGCAGAGGAACAGAUUGUGGGGAAGACUCAGGUCAGCCUCUGGGUACCCCAUGCCCUCUCCCCACCCACGAUGCCCAAGGCUGCAGGACAGGUAGAACAUCCUUCGGCGGGUGGACCUGUGAUGGUAGAGAAACAGCCUCCGAGACGUUCUUACUCACCUUUUCCAAAGGAGCAGGGGGGGUUGCCAUCAAGUGACACAUGAGAGCAAGAGGGUCUCUCCCAAGUGUGCAGAGCUCGGUCAGCUCUGAUGGCAUGCCCACGCACGUGAGAGCAAAGCCCUUUGCCAGGUCCACUGCGGGGAGGAGAGUGGGGAGCACAAGCCACACUGGAGAACGUGUCUGAAGACCCCACUCCUGCCAACUGCUUGCCCAUGUCAGCCCUGUGCAUGAAUCCUCAUGGGUCUGGGUGGGGGUCGGGGGGUGCAUGGGUGUACAUAGGUGCGGCAGCUGCUCUGAGGAUCUGCAUAACAUGCAGGAAUCUCGGACUCCCUGAAGGUGCGUCCACUCUGGAAGAGUCAUCAGGUCGACUGUGUUGUGAAGGACAUUUCCUGAUGUGCAACUGUACUCUGGGUGGCUGUGUACUGCACACUAUAGAAACUGUUUGGCUGUGUAAUGGACCAUGUACAUAUGAUAAAUUAUCUAUUUUAAACACUGA